UGACGUCAUUUGUAGACCAAAGUGGAGGUUGGGCGACCAGUGUGACUGUGAAUGACAGUUCCACGAAGCUCUGUGAAAGAACAAGGAAGUGAUAGCUAUACCGCCCGAGUUGGACGAGAAACAAGACGGUUCUUUUGAAAAUUUCCGCGAUUUCAGCCACGGAGAAUACAGCUUCUGAGGGGAUGUUCCUGCAGCCUCUUGGCCAUGUCUCCUGGGCCUUGCAUUACGCUCACAGAAUGGAGCUGUAGGUCUGCGUGUUGGUCAUCAUCAUCAUCAUCGCUGUGAGACCUGCCCGUCUGACUGCCCAGUGCCUGUUAUCGACAAAUCAUGGCCCCCGUGCCACCUGGCAUCCGUUUCCUGGCAUCCUUCAACAGAGAUCAGUGGUACAGAGCCUUCACCUUUGGCCUCACCUUCCUGCUGUACACCAGCUUCCACCUGUCCAGAAAACCCAUCAGCAUUGUCAAGAGUGAGCUGCAUAAGAACUGCUCAGCUCUCCAUGAGCUCUCCACGGCUGGUAGUAGGCAGCUGCCCAGCUUCCACACAGAGACAGACUGCAGCUGGAAACCUUUUGAUAAAAGCAACUAUAAGCAGCUUCUGGGAGCCAUGGACUACUCCUUCCUCUGUGCCUACGCUGUGGGAAUGUACCUCAGUGGCAUCAUCGGCGAGCGCCUGCCUAUUCGUCUGUACCUGACGUUCGGCAUGCUGAUGAGUGGCCUCUUCACCUGUCUGUUUGGUCUGGGCCGCAUCUACAACAUCCACAACCUCAGCUUCUAUAUAUUUGUCCAGGUGGCCAAUGGCUUGGUUCAGACCACUGGCUGGCCCAGUGUGGUCACGUGCAUCGGGAACUGGUUUGGGAAGGGAAGGAGGGGUUUGAUCAUGGGCAUAUGGAACUCCCAUACCUCAGUGGGCAACAUCCUGGGCUCUUUGAUCGCAGGUUACUGGGUCUCCUCCAACUGGGGCCUGUCCUUCAUCGUCCCCGGCCUCGUCAUCGCUGCUAUGGGCGUCGUCUGCUUCCUCUUCCUCAUCGAACAUCCAAAUGAUUUGAAAAGCAUCCAUGAUGUACAGAACCCUGCUUCCAGCAACACUAAGCUGACCAAUAGCUGGAAAGGGGUGAAUGGACAUAACCAGCUCUAUCAUUCGUACAAACAAGGAGGCAAAUCUCAGAACUGGGACACAGAGCUGCUGCUCCCUGUACAGCAGGUGGUAGUGGUGAAAAGUGAAUCGGAGCCCUCGGCCAUCAGCUUCAUGGGAGCAUUACGCAUACCGGGAGUGAUCGAGUUCUCUCUGUGUUUGCUGUUUGCCAAGCUGGUCAGCUACACUUUCCUCUUCUGGUUGCCGCUCUACAUCACGAAAGCAGCUCACCUAGAUGCCAAGAAGGCCGGAGAGCUCUCCACUCUGUUUGACGUGGGAGGAAUUGUGGGGGGAAUCCUGGCUGGGGUCAUAUCUGAUAAGCUGGGAAAGAGGGCCACUACCUGUGCAGUGAUGCUGCUGCUGGCUGCUCCUACUCUUUAUGGCUUUUCUAUGAUCAGUGAGUUUGGACUGGGACCCACCAUCGGUAUGCUGCUGGUGUGUGGAGGGCUAGUGAAUGGACCAUAUGCCCUUAUUACAACAGCAGUGUCUGCUGAUCUGGGAACACACAAGAGCCUGAAGGGCAACUCCAGAGCCCUUUCUACUGUCACAGCCAUCAUCGACGGCACAGGAUCAGUAGGUGCAGCGAUAGGUCCCCUCCUGGCAGGAGUGUUGUCGUCACGGGGAUGGAACCAGGUCUUCUACAUGCUGAUGGCAGCUGACUUCCUAGCACUGGUGCUGUUGCUGCGGCUGGUGACAAAGGAGCUGACCUCUGCCAACGUGGUUAAACCUCGUUCUGGCAGCACCACAGUAGAUCUCCCAGACCACCCAAUGAUGUAUAUAAACCCUGGAUUGCUGGUGCUUUAGUAUGGGCCAUUUGAAUCCACCAGUCGGCCAUAUUGGCGCUCCACAGUAGGAGCAGUCUUCCAUGUGAACGCAUGGCAUUGUACAGUAUUUCAAUUAAAUGUUUCAAAGACAAAAUUACAAGGAUUUAAGUAUUGUUUUUGCUGUAGUGGAGACAAUAACGCUAGUAAUCUCAAAGAAUUAAAAUUUAAGAAAUGUUUUUUUAAUAGAUUUUUUUUAUUUUUUAUAUUUAGCUUUAGCUCACAUAAUAUAAUUUAAAAGUGUGCAUUAUGGUGUAUGUAAUAGAUGUUUUUACAAUGGUGGGGGAAUACCAAGAUGGAGGAAUGGUGGCUUCAAAACAGCGCCCACUAUUAGUCAUCUAGUGUGUUAUUUAUAUUUAUAUAUAUGUAUAUGUAUAUGUUAUUGGAACCACCUCAUGCACUGCAACACCUUCAAUUCCUUCAAAUACAAAAUGAAGGAAUAUCUACUAGACAUUCCAUACAAUGACUCAUCCCAAUAACCUCUGCCAUAUGUCCAUAAUAAUUAUGCUGAUUCGUGAUUUUGACUGGCUGAGAAAAGCUGCAUGCCUGUCUGUCUUGUCCAGAAUCCCGACCCCUACACGUUCAUUACUAUGGCACAGCUGGAGAUCGAAUUUCAAUAUUGAAACAAUGUUGCAAAUGUCAGAGAGAGAGAAAGCAAGGUUUAUACAAAUCUCCACUAUUGUAAACCAACUGCUAGUCUGAAAGAAAUGGGAGAUAAUGUCUCAAUGCUUUUUAUAGUGGAGCUCAAGUUUAUAAAUUGCCUGGCUGGGCUGAUGAGACAGUGGAUUGCACAGUGAGAUGGAACAGAGUAAAUAGCCAUUUCAGCAUCAUGGAUUUAGCUGGUGGUAACUUGUGGAAUAGACACUGGGCUGGAAUGUGUUUUUAACCAAUAGUCCUCCAGGGUGAGACCCCACCCUUUGUAUAAAUCCCAUUAUUAACUGAGUGGUUCGAGCUUGAAAGCUGAUUGGCUGACGGCUAUGGUACAUCAGACCAUAUACCACGGGUAUGACAAACCAUUUAUUUUUACUGUUCUAAUUACCUUGGUAACCAGUUUAUAGUAGCAAUAAGGCACCUCUGAGUUUGAUAUAUGGCCAAUAUACCACGGCUAAGGGCUGUAUCAAGGGAUUCCGCAUUGCGUCGUGCCUAAGAACAGCCCUUAACCGUGGUAUGUUGGCCAUAUACCACACCCCCUCGUGCCUUAUUAUUAAAUAACCUUCUGCCUAUCUUUGUCCCGUAAUAAUAAUAAUAAUAAUUGUUAUUAUUUAAUUUGAACCUCCUUUCUCUUUUUUUAAAAUCUGGUUCAUCAUGUUUUAAUUUAUUCUUUCUGUAAAUCUAUUUGUUUCUUAUAUCAGGAUACUUUUUGGAUUUUGUUCUAUAAACAUUUGAAAGUGAGAAGUGCCUUAACGAGCAUCUCUUGUUUGUUUUUUUACCUCAUGCAAAUAAAUAAAUCAUAGUCCCUGAUCAAAGUCUGUUUUUC